CGCAUGGCCGGGAAAAUCAGGGGCAAUGUCAAAAAACAUUUUAAAAUCUCACAUGCUGGAAGAGAUGAAGCGGAGUUUCCAACUAACUGAGGCGCGUGAUCUUGCCUCCGGUCGCAAAAAACCGGGAAAAAGUGGUGGACCAAUUCCAGCGGAUUCUAAGCUUCGUCCGGCUGGUCCUGCGCCCAAAAAGACCAAAAUUCUUCAGGAGAUCGUACCGAAGGAUGGUGCCAAGCAGCAAAACCAAUCUCCUUAUAAAAAGAAAAAAAAACAAAAGUCUAAAGGUGCUCCGGCUCCCAUAUCUGCUGAAGUCAACAAGCCUAUAGUGAAGGCGCAAUCGGCCCAGACUCUGCCAAAGGGUCCUACCAAACAGGAGAAGAAAUCCCAGCCAACUCCCAAGAACAAGACCAAAAAAAGGCCAUUGGACUCAUCUAAAGAUGAAUCUGGUGGUCCAAAGAAAAAAAAGAAAAAGGUUGCGCCGACGACUAAAGGUAAAGCUCCACUAAAAAAUAAAAAGUCUGAGAAAAGAAUAAAUGGAAAAGGCCCAGUUUCCGUCCCAAAAAGUUCCAUAAAUGGACGACAAGGAGCGUCGGCUCCAGCAAAACCUGGGAAGGUAGUCCAAAUCGCUUUUGCAGGCAAUGGAUUUGGCGGAUCUGAGGAAGACGAUCAGGACGAAGAAGUUAUGAAUGGGAACUAUGACCUUACAGGAAUUGUGAAGAAGAUUUCUGUUUUCGAGGAGUCCCUACUCUCCGAUGGUUGUACUGAAGAAUCGGAUGAUGAAGAUGGGUCUUUGGAAGAAAGCGAUGAUUCUUUUUUCGAGGGGAACUCACAUGCUGAUGGUUGGACUGAAGAAUCGGACGAUGAAGAUGCGUCUGAUGGAAGGGAAGAAAGGAGGGUUUCUCUUUUCGAUGGGAACUUCCCUGCUGAUGGUUUCGAAGAAUCAGCGGAUGAAGAUUGGUCGCCGAGCGAAAAUGAAAGCAGUGAUGAUAUGGAAACUGACAGUGAUGAGUCCUAUACCGAGGAGUCCUUCGACAGCGAAACCUUUGACUUUUCUUUGUAUAACAGCGAUCUUGACUCCACAUUCGAACUAGACUCUUCGAAAGAAGACUCUGGCAGUUAUGACGACAGCUGCAGCGAAAACUCCAUUGAAUCCUUACCACCCCACCUGAAACCUGAGCCUCUUAUUAUAGAGGAAAUAUUCGAUGAUGAAGUGACUGAAAAUAUUGAAAACAAAAACUCAAAUAGUAAAGAACAUCCAGACGAUUCACUUCAAUUGGCACUGGUUGUAAAGAAACCUGAUGAACCAGAAAUUAAAAUACAACCGCAGGAAGAUCCAGUAGCUGAACCGCCAGAAAGCAAAACAGAAGAGCAGGAAGACGCAGUCGAAUCAGAAGAUGACAAAGCUGAGCAAGAGGAUGUUGAUAAUACACAGGAUACUCCCGUUACAUCGGAUAACAAUGUUCCAUUUUAUAGAAAUCCGGAAGCCAGCCUAUCCGAGCUCAGUGUAUUUGAAAACAGCCUAAAGACCAACCAUGUUCUGGCGGUGAUCAAGGAAGAUUUGGAGUUCUACGGCACGGUGAUACUUACCCUCUUGGGUGGCCAAAUCACAGUGAAUGGAUACAAACCGCGUUGUCAGGAGUCUCUGACCAUUUACUCUCCAAAGGGCGUCAGUUGGGUGUGCGUUUCACCCAAGAAAUCAAAAAGACCUGGCAAGGAUAAAAUCGACUGGGAGAAGCUCAAUCUGAAUUUUACUCGCGCCCAGUUGAAAAGAAUUCAGGCCAAUUUUGAAAGUCAAACAGAUGCUAUUGUUCUCCUACAAAGAAACACCGCCUCCCAAAGACUAGUGGAUGGCUUUGAAAAGCACAUGUCCCAAAAUGUGUUUCCACAAGUGAACACAUCCCAUCGUCCGCUCCACCUUACCGAGUCUUUGCUGCACUGCCUCGUUCAGUCCUCCGAUAAUCAGCGUACCAUGCAGGUUCCACAAGUAUGGAAUAAAUUAAGACUGCAAGCUAAUAGUCGAAUGAUGUUUGUCGGAGGAAAGGGUGUUGGAAAGUCCAGCCUAUUGCGAUACCUAGUCAACAGGAGCUUGGGGCAGUUUCCGAAGCUACUGCUUAUCGAUUUGGAUAUAGGCCAACCGGAAUUGUUUGUGGCACAGACAGUGUCUUGUACCCUUAUUGAGGAACCAUUUCUUGGACCCGGAUUUUUCUUGAACAAGCAGCCUGAUCGCGCGUAUGCCGUCGGCCACGUAAACGUCGUUAUGUGUGCGGAACAGUAUGCCAAGGCAGUUACUCAGUUGGCCCGGCACAUCCAGAAAGACGCCAAGUAUCAAAACCUGCCCUGGCUGAUCAACACAAUGGGUUACAACAAGGGGUUCGGCACAGAGCUGGUAGCCCUCUUGGCCGACCGUUUUUGUCCCACUGAUUUGGUGCAGAUUGAGAGUUCCACGGCCAUCAACAAUUUUGAUUCCCCACUCGAGUGGAGCACGCUGACCAAGAGCACACCCAUUGUUUACACAUCGGAUGAAUUUGUAGUCAAGGAGAUUCCAAAAUACACACUGCACAAGCUGGCGAGUGCAGUUCCCUUAAAGGACAGAGGAGCUUGGAGCAUGAGCGCCAAGGAUUUACGUUAUUCUAAUCUGUUGGCCCGCCUCAGUUCGUGCUUGAGGGGAAACGCUAAAACCCUAACAGAUUUGCAACCAGUGGCAGUUUCUCUGGAGCUUCUUAAAUUCCAGCAUCUGACCAGUGAGGAGUACACACGAGAGGAACUUAUCCAGGGUAUGGAGGCCAAUGUGGUUUACCUUUGCCGCCAAGACGAAGGCCCUCCAGAGUGCCUGGGAAUAGGUGUGGUUCGUGCCAUUGAUUACGAAAAUGGAAAGCUGUAUCUAGUGCCCGCCAUGCCUCUAGCCCGACUGACUUUUGUGGAUUGCCUGAUUCUCGGCGGUGAAUUGACCUUGCCUCAGGGAUAUUUCAAAAACCAAGGCACUGACGUCUGUAGCAGUGUCCCCUUUGUCUUCAACCUAGAAGAUUCAAAGUCUUCCAAGAGUAUUCAGCAGAUCUACCACCGCGCACCUGCAUUUCUGGGAGCGCCCGGAUCUCGGAAACUGUGCAACUAAAAAGACAAACACCUCGUGCUAAUGAUAACUUGUUAAGUUUAAAUAAAACCAAAUUUAUUAUCGAAAA